AUGCUAUUCCUGCUGCUCUAUCUUAGCAGCCUGCUAAGGAACCUAACCAUCAUCAUAGUUACCACCAUUGACCAGAACCUCCACGCACCCAUGUACUUCUUCCUCAGGAAUCUUUCCAUCUUAGACAUGUACUAUGUUUCUGUCACAGUCCCUAAUGCUUGUGGCAAGUCCUGCACUCACAACAGGGCCCAGGAGUGCUAUGUGGCCAUGUGCCAGCCCCUCCUCUACCCUGUCAUCAUGAAUCACCAAGCCUGUGUUCAGGUGAUUCUGGCUUCCCUACUCCUUAGUCUUAUCAUAGCAGGUUCACACACUGUGAAAACAUUCCGACUGUCCUUCUGUAACUCUAAUGUGGUCCCUCAGUUUUUCUGUGAUGUCCUCUCUGCUGAGGCUCUCUUGCCUGUCUUAAUUCUUCUAACUGCCAUCAUCAUUAGUGGUAGCUACCUUAUCUUCAUUAUGGUAUCAUAUGUUCACAUAUUUUCUACUGUGUUGAAGUUUCCUCUGAAAGAAGAGAGAAAAAAGGCCUUUUCCACCUGUGUUGCUCACAUUAUUAUGGUGUCUCUGUUCCUUAUCUCUGGUGCCUACGUGUAUCUGAGACCUCCAGUCAUCUCAGAAGUGAUUCAGGACAUGAUUCUGUCUGUACUUUAUGCAAAUGUUACACCAUUCUUAAAUCCUAUCAUCUGUAGUCUUAGAAAUAAACAGAUAAAUGAAGGUGUAAGUAAUUUUAAGAAUAUUUAA